GCUUUGUUUGUCCGGAGCUGAGCUUCAGACUGACCGCAGAGACGAGAAGAGACCAAGUUGCUCCGCGAGCCGCUGCACUGUUUCUUCAUCAGGCUACGACUGUGUUAUAACUGCGACAGAGAUGCCGUCUGACAGACCCUUCAAACAGCGGAGGACAUUUGCUGACCGGUGCAAAGAGGUCCAGCAGAUCCGUGAGCAGCACCCAAACAAGAUCCCUGUGAUCAUUGAGAGGUAUAAGGGAGAGAAGCAGCUGCCCGUUUUGGACAAGACCAAGUUCCUGGUACCUGACCACGUCAACAUGAGUGAGCUGGUCAAGAUCAUCAGGCGUCGGCUGCAGCUGAACCCCACCCAGGCCUUCUUCCUGCUCGUAAACCAGCACAGCAUGGUGUCGGUUUCCACUCCCAUCUCUGAGAUCUACGAGCAGGAGAGAGAUGAGGACGGUUUCCUCUACAUGGUCUACGCCUCGCAGGAGACCUUCGGCUGCUAGGGAGGAAGAGGAGGAGGGGGGUACAUCCUCCAGUAUUGGGAGGAUGAACGUGGGGGGAGGGGUAAGGCUGAAAGGGGAUGCUCAAGGUGUCAGAAUCCAUCAGAAACCGUCACCGUCCUUUUCUCACCUUGUUGCAUUACAAGCUCACAUAACUGCAUCCUGUCAGAGUACACGUGAUCGACCCCCCCCUCCCGCCAACCCCCUGCCCCACUCCAUCAUAAUCGAGCACCCUCUUCACGUUGGUCAGUACGUAUAUUAGCUACAAACAUCGGAGGACUCAGUUCAGAUCUCAGACUCAUUUGCUCCCGAGUUCUGAUUAUUUUUCAUCUCUAACCUCACACACAUUAGACAAGCUAAACCGGAACGCCGCUCCGGGUUCUGGAUGUAAUCCGAGGCUAAACUCCAUCUACAGGCCAUCCUCACUGCAACAGCAGUAACGUAAGCUAGAAAAGUCUUCAACACGUUUUACUUUUAGCCUUCUGUUUUAGCUGUAGUUUAGUUUGUGUUCAGUAGAAAAGUUUAAUCAGAUUUCCUGAAGCUCAACCAGCCGCUGGAGUCACCGCGUUGGGCUCAAAAUUCCUGCGAUCUGGGUCAAAACCUCUUAAUGUGCAAUACUUUCUCCUCACGCCUCUUUCAGGUGACACACAAGCACAGCUGUGGUGUUUGUUGUAUCACCUGUCUUCACCGCCAACCUGAACACACGCUCAUCCUGCCUUCCCCCUUCCCCAGCAACGUAAGCACAACGACAUCACUGCUCAUCACACUCUUUAACAUUGUAAGCAACCAAUCAGGUCAAGCCGAUUCUGUCUGGUAGAUGUUAGGCAGCUGAGUUGGAGCGAACAUGUGAGCAUCGCUCCGAUCCACCAGGUCUCCAGCUGCAUCCACAGCUGUUUCACAAGGGUUGAGAUGUUUAGCACAUGACGCUGCUGCUUCAGGAGGAGGGGUCGAGCAGGAUGUUUUUCUUCCAAAAGUAUCCGUAUUUAUUCCUUUCUUCAGCCGGAACAGACGAACAUAACAGUAAAAUGAUCCGCUUCGUGUUUGGAGCUGACGCCUCCUCCUGGUUAGAACACUACGGUAGCAUCGUGUCAAUUAUUAGACCUGACAAAAUGUAACUGAUGUAGGAACUGAAUGAGCUUCUUUUGCACAUGAAUAUAUAAAAAGAGUUGGCAUAGAUUUUUUUUAAAGAAAUGACUGUAUCUAUGUAACAUUUCUCUUCUUUUGUAUCUGCUCCCCGUCUGUCUGCCUUUCUUUAACAAGAAUUAGUAGACAACAGUUUUCUGCACUACAAACUUGCAUGUUUUGACCUUUUUUUAAUAUAAGUAAAAAUGUAUAUUGAUUUGAUGCUAUGGAUAUAAUUGUACUUUUUAGAUGUUUUCCAUACCAAAAACCCAAGUGUGUGUGUAAAAAUGAAAACUGCGCGUAUAAACGAUCAUAUAAUCAAUCUGUAUUGGUGUGUUAUUCUUUAAGCUUUCUCACUGUUUGGAUGGGUGUACAUAGAUGCACUGCUGCAACCUUAUUCAAAGCAUUUGCCAAUAAAUAAAUAAAUAAAGUUGCCUUUAAA